CUUGGAAGGCUCUCAUGCCAAGUUGCGUUUAUCUACAUAUGUGCAGUUAAUCGCAUGUAGGAUACAUACAUAAUAUAUGAAUGCCCCUCCCCCACCAUUCAAGAUUGGCAUCUAUUUUCUUUUCUCUUAUUUACCUACUACCUACAUAUACUGGGUUCAGCAUCGACAAAGCCAAGAUUCUAGGUUUCAUCGCAUUUCGUACUUCUCUCGCGCAUCCAAAUUCUUGUUACGAAUAUGGCUACGUCCGAUAAAAUAUUCUCCCUCGAAGGGAGGGCCUUAAAACUGGACACAGCUCAGGACCUUGAAACACACAUAGGGCCACUGCGGGCUAUGGACGAUGUCGAGGAGGUGCGCAUUCUCGGGAACACAUUAGGUGUCGAGGCCUGCAAGCUUCUUGGAGAAGUCUUGGCUACAAAGAAGUCUCUAAAGGUUGCAAACCUGGCUGACAUAUUUACUGGUCGCCUGUUAAACGAGAUCCCCGAGGCGCUUUCUUCUCUGCUCACUUCUAUCCUCAACCUGCCCAAUUUACGUACUAUUAAUCUAAACGACAAUGCAUUCGGUCUUAACACCCAGGCGCCUUUAGUCGCUUUCUUAUCCAGUCACGUCCCGCUUCAACACCUGUACCUCAACAAUAAUGGAUUGGGGCCUCAUGCCGGUAUUCUGGUCGCCGAUGCGCUUUCCGCACUCUACGCAAAGAAGGAAGAAGCCAGAAAAGCCGGGCAGGACGUCCCCUAUCUCGAGACCGUCAUUUGUGGUCGCAAUCGAUUGGAGAAUGGAAGCAUGCUUGCUUGGGCUAAGGCCUUCAGUCUUCACAACCGGGUUAAAGAAGUGAAGAUGGUCCAGAAUGGUAUUCGACAAGAAGGUAUCGAACAAUUGCUCACCGCGGGCCUGAACCACACCACCGAGCUCAAGAUUCUAGAUUUGCAAGACAACACAUUCACCUUCAAAGGAGCAAGAGCCUUGGCAAAGGUCGUCCCGCUUUGGGUGGAUUUACGAGACCUUGGCGUUGGCGACUCGUUACUUAGCGCUAAGGGUAGUGUCCUAGUUGCUGACGCUCUUGGUAAGGGCCAGAACCGAAAAUUAGAAACACUUCGCUUGCAGUACAACGACAUCACUUCCGCAGGAGUCAGAGGGUUCGCAUCCGCGGCGAAGGAUAGCUUGCCGGCUCUAAAGAGGAUCGAACUCAACGGAAACAAGUUCACAGAGGACGAUGAAUCUAUCUUAGCUCUUCAAGCGCUCCUAGAUGAGCGAAAGGAAAAAUAUGGCGGAGACAUUGUUGACGAAGACGCUUGGGGUGUUGAUGACUUGAGUGACCUUGAGGAAUUGGAUUCGGAAGAGGAAGAGCAGGAAGAGGAGGAGGAAGAAGUACCUCCGGAAGAAAAGGCCGAGAAGUUGGUCAAAGAAGCCGAAGAAGCCCAAGAGCAGCCUACUGUCCAGCUUAAGGACGACGAGGUUGACGCUCUCGCAAAGAGGCUGGAACGCACUGGGAUCUAGGAAUUCAGUUUCAACGAUGCAGCUCACGAGCGUUCGAGCUCUAGAUAGAGAGAAUGGGACGACGAUACCCCGGUCGUAGAUAGACGGUAGUCUACUUUACUACCAUGCCCCGAGCUGUUAUUGAUUUCCCGGUAACAAAACAUAAGAGAAUAAAAUAAAACCAUGAAGCAUAAACCCUAAG